AUGAAUCUUGAUCCUGAUCCCAGUGCCAUAGAGUUGCAUUCCUCCUGUGGGUCACCUGGAAAUCCCCCCAGUGAUGAACCAGUAAGGAACUCAGACCACCUCAACCAUGAUGAAGAGGUGGAUCCGGUGCUGGUUUGGGCUCCCAGUGGGAGGCGUCUCAUCUCCGGCCUGCUGGGGAUAAAUGUGGUGCUGCUUGGAGCGGCCCUGGUUGGCGGUCAGGCUUUCAACCCCAGUGGCCUGAAGCACCAGGAGCCCCAGGUGUUCCUGCUGCUGCUGAUGGGGGUCAGUUUAGUUUGGAUGCUGUGGUAUCUGCUGUGGGCCAGGAAACAGCCCGGCAUCAGCCCACAUAAAGACCACCACGCUGGGGGACUCACUGUCACAGUGGUCCUCAUGCUCUUUGCUGCAUGCAGCCUGAUGCUGUUCAUCUGCAGGACCGGUUAUUUAAUCAAUAUGAUUGAAUGUAAACCUGCUAUUACAAUUCUCUCUAACUUCAUUGAGGUUCCCUUUCUUGGACUUCAGACAUAUUUACUGUGGGCUCACUCCAGAGACUGCAUUCACAGACACAAGAUAAUCACCAGGUCUGGGCUGAUGAUGAUCCUCUCUGCUGACCUGCUUCUCUGGCUGAACGCAGUGACAGAGGACACCAUCCACGAGGAGAUCGAGUUAGAAAGAAAAGACAGAAACACAAGCUCAUCUGAUGCAGACAUCUAUGAUUUAGCAGCCGCCAAUUCAACCUGCUGUCGGUGCAGUGUGAGUGCAGAAUGCCUCGUCUUCAGGAAAGGCUUCGAGAUCCUUUAUCCCUUCAACAUUGAGUUCUACCUGAUGGCAGGCUGCAUGAUCUACGUGAUGUGGAAGAACGUGGGCCGCAGGAUGAGCCCAGGUCCUCAUCACAUUGCGCAGAAGCUCACCUUACGUAUAGUUUAUCAUGGUGGGGUUAUAUAUGGCCUCGUGUUAGGUGGCCUGGUCCUCAUAGCAGGAGCGACUAUCUUCAUUCUCUAUCAGGUUUGGGUGAGCCAGAAUCACCGCCGAGUCACUGCCUUCCUCAUCUUUUAUGGCUACCAUUUAGUGGUCAUGCCUGUCAUGUCUCUGUGCUCCCUGGCUGGUCUGCUGAUCCACAGGCUGGAGAGGAGGGCUCUUGAGGGGGGGCACAACCCCACUAGGAGCCUGGAUGUUCUCCUCCUGGUUGCGGCAGCUGUAGGUCAGCUCGCUCUCUCCUACUUCUCCCUGGUGGCAGCCCUGGCCGUGGGGACCAAGGGGCGCCUGGGACAACUUGACCUGUCCUACUCCCUCCUCAGCCUCCUGGAGCUCAUCCUGCAGAACAUCUUCAUCAUCGAAGGCCUCCACAGGCACCCAAAUCUCUUCGCCAAGAGGAAAGAAAAGGAGCGUAGCAGCAUAUUCAAGCUAAAGAAAAAGAGUGUUGUGCCAGUACAAGAGAAGGGGAAGACUGAUAUGUCACUACUGGACACGUCAGCGCCCCCUGUUGUUCAACAGCAGGAUGAGAAAGCGCCCUGGACCAAAAGAGCAAUACAAGAAAUCUGUGCUUUCCUCAUCCUUUCUAAUAUCAUGCUGUGGAUCAUCCCUGCAUUUGGAGUCCACCCUCAGUUUGAGAACGGUCUGGGGAAAGAGUUUUUUGGCUUCAACGCUUGGUUCGUUCUGGUGAAUCUGGGUCAGCCGCUCAGCGUCUUCUACAGGAUGCAUUCAGUGGGAGCUUUAAUGGAGCUGUUCAUCUCUGCGUGA